UUGUAGGAUAAAAAGAUUCUAGGCAAUCAAAUUUCACGACUACUUGUAUUUUCACAGAAUUAGAUAUUCCUCCACUAAAUAUUUUAACAGCAACACACAUUAACCGAAAAAUUAAUUUGAAUGAUGAUCUUAAUUUUUAAAUAAAUUAUGGUGAGAAUGUUUCAUCUGAUUCCUUGUCUUAUGCUGGAGCUAUAUUAUAUGAUAAUAAUCCAGUUGCAGCAAUCAAAUUUGAUUAUUUCCAAAUUAGAUUCAGAAUUUGGAACUAUUUUUAAAAUAUAGAUCCCUCAAAGCAAACACUUUAAAUAAGAUUUUCUGUGUAUAAUCCAUUAUAUGUUAUGCCAAGCUUGUCUACAAUUAGUAUUUAAAUUAAUAUUCCACCUCAGAAUUGCGUUUUAAGUAUAAAUCCUUUAUAAGGAAUAGCGCUUGAAACUAUCUUUUAGAUUUAAUUAUUGAAUUGUACAGAUGAAGAUCUUCCUCUAACUUAUUAGUUCUUCUAUUACAAUAGUGCAGAUGAUGCCCAUCAAGAAUUAAUUUCACCUUGGAAUAUUUUAAGAAGAUAGAUAUAAGAUUAGACUAUAAACAACUCAAUUUAAACAGUACUGCCUUAAGGAAAUCUAGUUUUUAUG